AUGUUGAUGCCGAACAGGUACCCUGACGAUCCAUACGACAGAGUAUGGAUACCUAUAAUUGACGCCACCGACUGGGCCGUGAUAUCCACAACGGAAACGGUGCAGAACGAAUACAAAGACCUCUUCGAGGCGCCGUCGAAGGUGAUGCAGACGGCGAUCACGCCGCGUGACGCUGCUAACAGCAUCAACUUCCACUGGGACUCUAAGCCGCAGUCCAAGGGCCCGUCGCUUGGGUACAUACCGGUCUUCCACUUCGCCGAUGUGCUGCAGGGCGGCGGCGUUCGCCAGUUCAACAUCAACAUCAACAACGACAAGCCGUGGUCUCAAGAUUACACGCCAAGGCACCUCUACAGUGCUACGUCUACGGUACCAGCCCUUAUAGCGACCAGACCCGGUAUAACGUCUCCAUCGUCAAGACAGCCACCACAACGCUGCCGCCUAUCAUCAGCGCCGCCGAGGUUUUCACAGUCAUCUCCAUCACCGACGUUGGCACGGACUCGGAGGACGGUAUGCACGAUUCGUGCAUGA